AUAUACUAACUCUAAAAACGUUGCUAUUUGACUACGUUAAAAAGACAACGUUUCGUGCAGUGUAAAAUUCGUUUCAUACAGUGUAACGUUCAGUAAUCAUAUUUAGUGAAAUAACCGGGUAGCUACGAUGUCUGAUUUUAAAGUCUUUAUGUCCAACAAGGAAGUUGUGAAACGUAUUCAAACCAUUGGUAGUCAUUACAGGAAGCACGUUCCGAGUAAACUAAAGAAAGCAACCGGAUCUAAAUCUAAAUUAGCAACGCUGGACUCUCUCAAUGAACAUUGCAGCUCAGAUACAUACUGUGUGUUCAGAACGAAUCAAGAUGGGUUGUUAAACUGGAUAAUAACAUUACACCUAUAUUAUGAAGACUAUAACAACAAACAAAUGGAAAUCUGUGAGGAUCUAAAGAAGAUCAGUGUAGAAGCAUCAGAGUAUAAAGUAACAGUUUUCUUAACAACUGGAACCAUUCAAAUACAAGGAAAUAACAUCACUGAAUUCAAAUCCCAGGUGUUUCCAAUCUUGAAAAGCACUACUUAUCAGAUCAAGCAAUCAAACACAGAAAAAAAGGACAAUACUCAAGAUCAGUCAAAUACACAGAUAAAGAGCAUAACAUCUACAACCGAUAUUAACGAUCAUGAGAUAAAAAGCACAGAAAAUGAUACCAUAAACAAUGAUUAUCACGACAACGAGGUCACAAAUGUAAAACUAAGAUGUACUCAACCAGACCAUGAAAAUGCACAGGACGAGAACGAGAUAGAGGAUUUGGAAGAUAACAACGUUCACGAAAAUAACAUCAUGAACCACAAUAAUCACGAUAACGAAAAUCCAGCUGUAAAUAACGAGACUCUAACUGUAAAUAACGAGACUCCAACUGUAAAUAACGAGACUCCAACUGUAAAAAAUAACGAGACUCCAAUUGUAAAUAACGAGACUCUAACUGUAAAAAAUAAGGAUGGCGACAAAAAAACAAAAGUAACUUCAACAGAUAACGUGUCUGAAACCGAAUCCAAUAAUACAAAGAGUUGUGAGACCAGCAUCCUUCAGCAAGAACUGUCAAAAAUAACUAGAAAGAUGGAAAAAUAAGAAAAUACAGUUUGCGAUCUAAUAGACAAAGUGAGUGUGAACAACGUAUCACAGAAAGAAACGCGAUGCUCAGGAGAAGAAUCGACUUGCGAGCAUGAUACAGAAUUACGCAGAGUAAGAAAGAUAAGAAAAGAACAAGCUGAUUUUGUUACAGACCAAGCCAGAAAAAUUAAGGCGUAUCAAAGUGAAAUUGAUCACCAACAAACAAUUAUAAGUUCAAAAAACAGGGAAAUCGAAGAACUAAAUGAAAAGAUUCAAUCAAAGAUGCAAGUAAUAUCCAAACAAGAUGAUGAACUUCACGAUCUUAACACACUGAGGAAGAAAGUGGAGAAACAGGAUUCAG